AACCCAUUCGAACACGGUGUUUGUUUCCGGUACGAGGGGGAUUUAUUUUGCAGGGUGCACACGCUUCAUAGUGGAGCACGAUGGAUUCACAGAGAGUGAUGGAUUAUCUGAUUGAGGUAGAGCUCGCUGCUGAAGAUGUGCUGUCUGAUAAACAACAGAUUGUAGACCUGGAUGGGAGAAGAAACAGAAACCGAGAAGCUUUGAAUGCUCUGAAGAACAGCAACACUGAUAAAGACAAAGUCAAGGUGUGCUUUGGGAACAUGUUCAUUAAAUUCCCCAAGGAGAGCACCAAAUCCAUGAUUCAGAAAGAUCAAGAGCAGAUCGAACAGGAGAUAAACAACCUCCGGAAAGGUCUCAAAGCAAAAGUAAACCAGCUCAAUGAUCUACAAGGGAAGCCUGAAAUCAGAGGAUACCACCUGUCACCACUGUCUGGUGAUGAGCUCAAGGCUAUUAAUGGCAUCCUGAAGAGAUAGAAACAGCUUCAAUUUAAUGUUAAAAGGCAAAGAUGACGAGGGACAUGAGGUGGUUAGAAUCAUCAGUGAUGAUGAUGCUCAUGAGGAUGAUGCUAGUCUCUUUGUUUCACACACUGUAUCUGUACAUUAUGUUUUGUACUGUGUACUAUGUACUGUUAUGGUAAAAUCUUCGUUUCCCAGCGAAGGAGUGCAAACUUCUGCACUCAGAAGUUUGCACUCCUUCGCUGAAAAACGAAGAUUUCAACGAUACCUUGACAUUUACAGUCGUUCCUCCAUUGUUUAAAUAAAGAGGUCAAUAAAGGGGAAAACCUCAGCUGACCGAGAUAAUCACAUGUUCUGCUGUUUGUUCUGGCUGUUCUUGCAAUUCCUGUCUGUAUUUUUUCCUCCCCUCAGUUAUUUUUCUUCUACUCUUUGGGCUUGUCUUGGUAUGUACGUGUUUCUGAGCGAUGAACGUGUUUCCUUUUCCAGCUGAACGAAAGGUCAAACUGUGUGAUAGUCUUAGAAAGUCAGUUGAAGUAAUAACUGUUAAUAGCAGCUACAACAAUGUAAUAACGAUUAACUUGUCUUCUGGAUGAUCCACAAUAAAUUAAUUCUCUCUCUCUC